UCUGAACUUGAUAUGGCAAACAAAGUAAUAAAACCUCCAAAGCAAGUGCAAUGUCGUCCGUCGAAAACAUGAUAACAGGGAAUAUUUCCCGCCAUUUCAAAACCCUAACACAACAUUUUCGUUUUUCGAUUACUCAUUCCUGACCAGAGAGCGUCGCAACCAUCAAUGGCAGAAGAGCAGAACGCAGCACGAGAAGCAGAUAACAUAGCAGGAGAAGAGAACGCAGAGCAAGAAGAAGAAAACGCAGAGCAAGAAGAAGAGAAAGCAGAGCAAGCAGAAGAGAACGCAGAGCAAGCAGAAGAGAAAGCAGAGCAAGCAGAAGACGACGCAGAACAAGAAGAAGACAACGCAGAACAAGAAGAAGAUAACCCAGAAAACGCAGUCGAGAACGCAACAGUAAAGGAAAAAGCGAAGGUAGCACAAGAAGAAGAGAACGCAGAACCGAUCCGAUCCGAAAAUUCACAGAUCCGACCCGAAUUUCCGAAUACUCGGGUGAAGAGGAUAAUGAAGCUGGACAGGGGCAUCAACAAGGUAAAUUCAGAAGCCUUACUCCUUGUAUCGUGCUCCGCCCAGCUCUUCCUGGAGUUCCUGGCUGAGAGAUCGGCUGAGGUUGCGACGGAGAAGAAGCGCAAGAUCGUGAAGCUCGAACACAUGCGAGUAGCCGUCAAGAGGCAUCGCCCGACCAGCGAUUUCCUUUGGGAUGAGCUUCCCGUGCCCUGUCAGCCAUCCGAUCAUCAGCCUACUGAUCGAAGCAGCUCGCGCACCGUUUCCCAUGCUCCAGCUCCGGCUAGACGAGAUCGGAGCCGCUCUCGCGCCGUUUCCGAUAAACCAGCUCCAGCUGGCACUCGCCGGAUCGAUCACUUCUUUCUGACAAAAGAAAUCCCGAUUCAGACCGAACAAUCCCUAAUUGAGACCGAGGAAGCCCCAAUUGAGACCGAGGAAGCCCCCAUUGAGACCGACGAAAGUCCAAUUGAGACUGAUGAAGCUUCAAUAGAGACCGAGGAAGCUUCAAUUGAGAUCGACGAAGCCCCAAUUGUGACCGACGAAGGUCCAAUUGAGACCGGUGAAGGGCCAAUUGAGACCAACGAGUCCUAGAUCUUCGUUCGUUCUUUGCCUGUCUUAAAGAAGCAAAAUCAUUUUGUUUGGUCAAGUUGUAAUUGUGAGAAACCAAUGGAAAAUAUCUGAUGGACACAAGGAGAUUAAUUCCAAAUUUUCUUUAUAAUCCAUUUUCUAUUUUUCCUAUGGAUUUGAUAUUUAUGAUUGACCUAAGCACUGCAGUGAAGCUCCACGGCAAUGGGGGAAAAUCUCUACCGUUCUGCU